UUAGAAACAAGCUUGUAUUAGUGAAGAUCCAUUACACAAAUCUGUAGUUUCUACGAACAAGCUAAAGCUGAGGCACGCAUCUAUGUAUUCUGAUCUUGAUAGCCAGGGCACGUACACCAGUGCCAUUCCUCCCCCUCCCAGCCGAAUACAAGUGAAAAAAGUCUCCACCAGUGUGCCCCAUGAUGUGAUAGCACAGCGAGUGCCAGCAACAGAACAACAGGAUUCUACAUCCCCAGUUGUGUCGCCUCAUCAUUCGCCACCAUCUUCACCAGUUGCCUGGAGGAAACACAGCAAGCAGCAUCCAAGUGGAGGGUCGGCUGCUGGUGAUGGCAUGUGGCCUGCCCACUCCCCACCUCCCAAUCAAGAGAACUGGGUGAGUUUCACUGAUACUCCUCCGAGCAGCACACUUCCAACAAUGCAUCCCGCUUCCGUUCAGGAACACACAACAGUAAGGACAGUGGCAUCUGCUACAAAUGCCAUGGAAAUUCGCAGGCAAUCUAGUGGCUAUGAUGAUCCUUGGAAGAUUACAGAUGAGCAAAGACAGUAUUACAUCAACCAAUUCAAAAAUAUUCAACCAGAUUUGAAUGGUUUUAUUCCAGGAUCUGCAGCUAAAGAAUUCUUCACGAAAUCCAAAUUACCAAUUCUGGAGCUUUCUCACAUUUGGGAACUAUCAGACUUUGACAAAGACGGCGCAUUGACACUGGAUGAGUUUUGUGCGGCAUUCCAUCUUGUAGUAGCCAGAAAAAAUGGUUAUGAUUUGCCAGAAAAGUUACCUGAAAGUUUGAUGCCAAAGCUGAUCGAUCUUGAUGAUUCGGGAGAAGUUGCUGACCAAGUUUCUGAAACUGGCUUCUCAGGCUCUCCUCCAGAAGUACCCCCGAGCAAAUCACCAUCAAUGCCCUCACUAAACCAGACGUGGCCAGAACUGAACCAGGGCAGUGAGCAGUGGGAGACUUUUAGUGAACGUUCUUCCAGCUCGCAAACUCUGACCCAGUUUGAUUCUAACAUUGCACCAGCUGAUCCUGACACUGCUAUCGUUCACCCUGUGCCAAUCCGCAUGACUCCAAGUAAAAUUCACAUGCAAGAGAUGGAGAUGAAAAGAAUUGGAAGUGAACUAACACACCCAACUAGUCCUUUGCUUACAAACUCGCCAGAACUUUCAGAAGAGACCAAGCUCGCUACCACUGUGAAAUUUGUUGCAGGAAAUACUGUAGAUGGCUACAGCAGUUCAGAUUCAUUUGUUUCUGAUUCUGAGCAGAUUGGAAACAGCAUAACCCGGCAACGUUCGCAUUCGGGCACUUCUCCAGACAACACGCUCAAAACUGCACCUCCUCCACCUCCACCUCGACCACAGCAAUCACACUCAAGGUCGUCUUCACUAGAUAUGAACAGAACCUUUUCUGCAAACAACGCAGGGCAACCACAGGCUGGAGCUGUUGCCUGUCCCCCUGCUGUGCCUCCAAGACCACAGCCAACACAGGUGACUGCGCCUCCAUUACAUCGGCCAGUGGACGUUGAUGGUCACGUGACACACGGCAACACCUCGCCACACCAGAUGCCAGAACAGCCAAACUUUGCUGAUUUUCGCCAGUUUGAAGCAUUUGUAUCGAAGGCCACAGAGCAGCAAGUUGAUGACUCGGAUAGGCAUUCUGAAACUAUUCCGCCAGAGAAGCCUUCGGAUUCAACAGUGACGUUGAGAACAGCAAAGCUAGCUGGUUCUAGUGAUGAAAAGCCAACUGGAAACACAGUAAAAAGUACAACGUGUCUUGUUCCUCCUCCAAAACCCAUUCGGCGAAGACUGCAAUCUGAAGAAGAGCUUCGGGGCGAUGCAGAGGAGCCUACCCCAAAACCCAGCAUCAAUGCCGUUUUAGUCUCGCACUCUUCGGUUUCAAGGUCAAUUGGAAAAGAUAAAAAGUCCAUUCAAGCUUCGAUCAGAAGAAAUAAAGAAACUAACACAGUGCUAGCCAGACUCAACAGUGAAUUACAACAACAGCUGAAGGAUGUACUUGAGGAAAGGAUCUCGCUUGAGGUGCAGCUGGAGCAACUUCGGCCAUUUUCGCACUUGUAGGGCAGGAGCUUCCUGGCCACGUGGGUGAAACUAAAGAUCGUGUUGGUGCAGAUGUGCCACUGGAUCCUGACUACUCCCUGCAGGCAGCUUAACUGCUCAGCUUUGUGGGUCUAUUAUGCAGUGAUAGUUUCCAUGGUUAACUUCAUAGAACUGCUCACUUGUCAUGUGGUGCCAUUUGUUUAAAAAAAGGGAGAAAUAAAAUCAGGGAGCUGUGAAGCUGGUAAAUAUUCUGGUCAAGGUGGGGUGGUGGGGGGGGGGGGAGAGGAAUGGAAUAGAGGCAAUUACAAUAGUUUUGAUUAUACAGAACAGCAAAUAAUUUCAUCUUCUCCCUGAUUCCCUUCCCUUCAAAUCUGUCCUCAAUUUAGACAAGAGAAAUUACUUGCCAAUAAGACAAUUCUUAAAUAAGAUGAGCAGGCCAGAGUAGUUCCUGUUGAAUCCUCGAAUCAUUGUCAUUGAAGGAGGAUUGCUGCCAGUUUGCUUCAACAUUUGAAGCACUGUGUUCAGUAAGCCAAUGUCAAGUGUUUUAUAGUCUUGGGAAAUAUUUGGUAGAAUUGUGAGACAUGGAAUGGAAGAGCUCUGCUAAGAGUGGCCGUAUUUCCCGUAUCAGUGUUCAAAGGGGUGUCUCAAAAUGCUUCUCCCUACUCCUUAACUUGCAUAGCUUUCUGUUUGGGUGAGGCCUGUGUUUGUGCAGCUUGAGUAAAAAGGACUUGGCCCUUUUUGUGUUUGAAUAUUCAAAACUUUUUUGCAUUGCAUUACUGCAGCAGAAACACUAAGAAGAGUAUCCCUAAUCAAUUGGAACAAGCUUGGUGGUGUUGUGAGGCUUGGUUGAAGAUAUGUAAUGAAAUAUUUUGCACUACUGAAGUAUAAGUGUAUUCAUGUAUUGCUAGUUAUGGUUCAAAACCACUUUUUAAUUGGAGGGUGUAAAAGAUAAUAUAUGCUUGGAGUUGGGGUGAAAAUGUAGAGACCACCACUAAGAUUUUUUAAUAUAAAUUGAAGCCAUUGAAUUGUUGAGGACCACCAGCCGGUGUAUUUACACUAAAGCAAUCAGUUGGUUUGAGCAUGUCAAGAAGCUUGGGUGCUGGCUUUUUUAAUACUGAGUGCACUGGACUCGCUAAUAAAGUUGCUCUGUGGCCGUAUCCCAGUAGUUCUGUUGUAAACAUUCACAGGGGAAAUUAUUGUAGCAUAAACCACAAACGGGGUUGGAUUUGGGAGGGAUGCUAGGUGCAGUUGUAUGCAUAUGGCAUCUUGAGUUUGAGUAAAAUAUUACACAGAGCUAAAUCUGUGCGCCAUUUGUUUGGAUAGUGAAUUAAGCAGGUGAAUCUAUACUCUUUCCCCAGCCUCUGCACUCACUGGAAGUGACAGUGUGUGAAGUUUUUCUAGUAAGGGGGUUUGUGGGGAUACAUUAUGACUUACGAAAGACAACUUAAGUGUGUGUGUGUGUGUGUGUGUAUGUUAUUAAUCUGCAGUUGUGCGAUUACUCAACACCACCUCUGUCUGCAUGCUGUUGAGCAACCUCUGCUCAUUACCUUUUCAUUUCACCCACAUCACAUUCUGAGUACUGAUAGAUGCUGUCCACCUCCCUGACACAGCUAAAGAUAAUCCUCUUCACAUUUAAUACUCAAACUAAUUGAAGAUUGUACAAAACUAGAGAAUUUUUCUUUAAAUUAUUAUGCAAGGAACAACAUUUUAUAAUUGUUUGACUUCAUUGUUCAGUAUUCUAAGGGUUAGUGUGAUUUGCAGUUUCUUAUCUGUGUACUUUUUUAAAGAAAACAAGUUUCCGUUUGGGAAUAUUUUUGGUUUCUCUAACUUCAAGCCUUACCUUUACGGCUUUGUAGUUUAACAGAGAGGGAUGUUUGGACAGAUGGGGAGAAGAGGGGGAGGCCUUCCAUUUUCACCCAAUGAGAGUCACCUUGCUAUUCAGGUCAAUGUACUGUAUAAGGAGUAUGAUGUAAAUUGUAUGAUACACAUUUUUGAUCUUGUAUGUAAAUUUACAUUAAAUUGCUGACUAACAGCAAAUCUAUUUAAUUGCUUAUUUUGGCUCUGGGAUCUUGGGUAUUCAACUGCAUGGAUGUAUCUUGGCAGAGCAAAGUAGCAACUGUGAUUUUUACACAAAUAAAACAGCACAAUAUUUUAUCUUGACAACUUGCUCCAUUCACCGUUGGUUGGUUCACUGUUUUCUUGAGUUCAGUCCUCACAGAGAAUUGCUAAUAUCUGCAACUAUGAUAUUGAUGGAUGAGACCUGUAAAAGCAGAUAAUGAUUUUUUUUUUGUGGAAUUUACUUUAAAGAAAAAUAUACAAGGGACCUGUGAAACCUAUUGUUUAAAGCCUGGAGCACAUCACAUGGCUAAUUCAUCUUCUGUCAUCGAAUGGUAGACACAAUGCUGGAGUAACUCAGCGGGACAAGCAGUAUCUCUGGAGAGAAGGAAUGGGUGACGUUUCGAAUCGAGACUUCUUCAGACUGAUGUCAGGGGAGUGGGUGGUACAGAGAUACAAUGUAGUCCGAGACAGUAAGACUGGUGAGAGAACUGGGAAGGGGGAGGGAAUGUAGAGAGAAGGAAAGCAAGGGGAACUUGAAGUUAAAGAAGUCGAUGUUCAUACCGCUGGGGUGUAAGUUACCCAAGUGAAAUAUGAGGUGCUGUUCCUCCAAUUUGAGCUGGGCCUCACUCUGACAAUUGAGGAAGCCUAGGACAGAAUCUGUCAUCAAUUCCUCUCCGUAAUAUAAAGCAGUGAUGCCAUCCUGCAAAGGUCAAUUGGUAAACACCCUAACUUAGAUGUGUAUUGCUGUUCCUUCAUUACCACUACCUCAAAAUCCCAGAACUCUAUCCGACAGUACCUUGGGAAACCUGCACACAACUAUUUCAAUUGAAGGUGGUUCACACUACCCAGCUGAGAACAAUUUCAGUUCAUCAAUAAACUGGGUUUGUAAAUAAUGUCCACAACCAAAAAUGUAUAACAGAGAACGAAGUAUUACCCGGUAAGUUAAAGAAAAGAAGAAUCCUGAGCAUUGCUUUUGAGCCAAACUGCAACUAAAGAUGUAUGAACUGACAAAAUGCAACUGGUGCAUUGCAGUCAGGAAAAACGUCAUCAAAAGUUGCAAACAAAGAAAACUGAGCUUGCCCUUCCUGUUCUGUUUUAGUUAAUGCAGAAACCCCCAAAAAAGUGACUGUAAAGUUAGCAGUAUCAGCAAGGAUACUAUGAUGCUGGGGCUUGUCUACAGUUCCAGUAUUUGUGCAAACAUCACUGUAAUAUUGGUUAGUUCAAAUGUCUUUGGGGGAUAGACAUUAAAUCAAGGUCUUUUAUGCUGUCUGAGAUACAAAACACCUGGCUCUUUUAAAGAGCAGAAUAACGUGCUGUAUUACUAUUUUUGAUCUGGGUUUUUAGCAUUUUCCAGCAAAACAUGGGCAAUGCAUUUCUCAUUCAUUUUAAAUCACUGCAAAAAUACACGCUGUUGCUCUAAUCAAACUAUUCUCUAAGUUGUUU